AUGAGGAUUCAAGGGAAGGAGGACACAGUUCACUGCAUAACACCUUAUUCUGUUUGCCAUUCAUCUGUUUAUUCUCGUAUGGACCAACAGGGGAGCUCCGUAAUAGAAUCUGCACUGUUUUCACAGCUCCUCUCCAAUAUAGCCAUUAUUUUCAAGAUCUUGGCCUUGCAGGUUGAGCAUCCUGUCACAGAAUGCAUUACUGGCCUGGACAUAGUCCAAGAAAUGAUCCGUGUUGCUAAGGGUUACCCUCUCAGGCACAAACAAGCUGAUAUUCCCAUCAACGGCUGGGCAAUUGAAUGUCGGGUUUAUGCUGAGGACCCCUACAAGUCUUUUGGUUUACCAUCUAUUGGGAGAUUGUCUCAGUAUGAAGAACCAAUACAUCUACCUGGUGUCCGGGUUGACAGUGGCAUCCAACCAGGAAGUGAAAUCAGCAUUUAUUAUGAUCCUAUGAUUUCAAAACUAGUUACAUAUGGCUCUGAUAGAACAGAAGCAUUAAAGAGAAUGGAAGAUGCACUGGAUAAUUAUGUAAUUCGAGGUGUUACACAUAAUAUUUCAUUACUUCGAGAGGUGAUAAUCAACUCCCGCUUUGUAAAAGGGGACAUCACCACUAAAUUUCUCUCUGAAGUAUAUCCUGAUGGCUUUAAAGGACAUAUUUUAUCAAAGAGUGAGAAAAACCAGUUAUUGGCGAUAGCAUCAUCAUUGUUUGUGGUAUCCCAGUUACGGGCACGUAAUUUUCACCAACAUUCAAGAGUGCCAGUUGUGAAAUCUGAUAUCGAUACAUGGGAGCUUUGUAUAAAACUGCGUGAUGAGCAACAUGCUGCUCUAGCAUCCAACAGCGGGUCAACAUUCUGUGUGGAAGUUGGCGGGUCGAAACUAAAAUUGACCAGUAUGUGGAACCUGGCUUUGCCCUUAUUGUCUGUCAGUGUUGAUGGCACUCAGAGGACUGUGCAGUGUCUUUCUAGAGAAGCAGGUGGACGCAUGAGCAUUCAGUUUCUUGGUACAGUGUACAAGGUGCACGUCUUUACCAAACUUGCGGCAGAAUUGAACAAGUUUAUGCCAGAAAAAGUGGCCGAGGACACAAGCAGCACUCUGCGCUCCCCGAUGCCAGGCGUGGUGGUGGCCGUCUCUGUCAAACCUGGAGACAUGGUAGCGGAAGGUCAGGAAAUUUGUGUGAUUGAAGCUAUGAAAAUGCAGAACAGUAUGACAGCUGGGAAAACUGGCAAGGUGAAGCUGGUGCACUGUAAAACUGGAGACACAGUUGGAGAAGGAGAUCUGCUCGUGGAGCUGGAAUGAAGUAUUUAUAGUCUUGCAGUCACCGCCUAAUUAGCCAUUUGUGUUACUCUCACACGCAACUUUCAGGCAUUUUACAGGAAUACUCCUGGACAGCAGGUUUUACAUCAGCAUAUUUAUUCCUCAGAAGUAGCAACAUUCUGCCAAAAAAAUCACCAAUGGAAAUUUUCAUUGAUAUAAAUACUUGUACAUACGAUUUGUACUUCUGCUGUGAGAUUUCCUAGUGUCAAAAUUCAAUCAAUAAAACCAAGCAUUUGUCUAAA